CUGGGCCUUGUAAUUAAGAUUAGAUGGAUCCAAUAAACCCGCCGCUUGAAUCUCCGACUCCGAAUAAAGAGUCGAAAUCCAUAUCGAAUUGGGCUUUAUUCCAUAUCGAGUAAAAAGCUUUUGCACUUACAUAGCCCAAGCGAAGCUUCUUAUCCAGCUACCGAAAACUCAGCCCCCCCUUCCCCCCAACUUUUUCGAUUUAUCUGCAGCCAGAGACGGUUCCGACCGCCGCCGAAUACUCCUGCAACUCCUGGCAUUUUGUGUGGGAGUUCCUUUGCCAUGGGUGAUUUUUCAAUUCAGAUUAGCGGCAACCUCCUUAAUCAGCUUGCUGAUGACACCGAAAAGCCAAAGAAAACAAAAAAAAUUAAAGCUAAUAUACGAGGGCCUAAGCCCCAAACUAAUGUAAAUCAGAAGGAGAUUACUGAUGAUUCCGAAACAUUGAAAGGGGCUGCUGCUACAAGAUGGCCACUGCAGCCUCCAUUAUUCCUACCAGUAAACCCUCCUGCACAAUCAGCCUACUCAGAGUUGGAUGCAAUUCGAUCCAUCCUUCAGGAUAGUGAGAGGGUUAUUGGGAGGUUGCAGAAGCAGGAGGAUAGUAUGGCACAGGAAGUAACACAAAGAGCUAAGGAUCUUCGAGAUAAGGAGUUCAAGCUUCCAUAUCAGAAGCCGAUGCCCUGUUUGGCUGAGAACGAUUCUUGGUUGGCAUGCUACAAGGAGCAUCCCAAGGACUUGCUGAAAUGUGCCCCUCUGGUUAGAAACUUUGAAAGCUGUAUUCGCAGAGCUAGGCAGCAAGUGAGUCCAGCAGAGUAAUGUUUCCCAGAGAAAAUGUUUCUGGUGACAUACAUGAGUGCAAGCUAAUAUCCAGUCCGAGUGACACCUAGAUUUUUUCGGAAGAAAUAAAUAAAACACUCCUUGAUGUCUCAUUUGUUGGCAUGCUUGCUGUCUUUUUUAAGUGUCAUUUACAUUUAUUUUGUUGAAUAUUGCUCUUCGCGGCUCAAAAUGUGUUACUUUAGUUAACUCUUUUGCGUUUCGAUGUUGAGAUAAGUUGAGUUGAGUUGUGAAUAAUAGUAUUUUAUAGGUCCUAUCGAGAUGGAUUGAACUUUUUUA